AUAUCUAGCUUUCAAAACCUUGAAUUUUACCUUCUCAGAACAUCUGUGUUGAAAUGGCUUACUUACCGGCAUUAAAGCGCACAGAUUCUGUGACAGAGAGCAUGCCUGAUGCACUGAGGCAGAGCCGGUACUACAUGAAGAGGUGUUUUGCUAGGUACCUUGAGCAGGGCAAAAGGAUCAUGAAACCUCAACAUUUGAUGGAAGAAAUGGAGCUGGUCAUUGAUGACAUAAGCGAAAGAAACGAAGUGAUGGAUGGCUUCCUUGGCCCCAUUCUGAGAUCCACACAGGAAGCUGUUGUUUAUCCACCAUAUGUUGCUUUUGCGGUGAGGCCAAAUCAAGCAUUCUGGGAAUUUGUAAAAGUGAGUUCUUUGGAUCUCUCUGUUGAGAGCAUCUCCUCCCUUGAUUACUUGAAACUCAAGGAAAUGGUGUAUGACGAAAAUUGGGCAAAUGAUGAAAAUGCAUUAGAAGCUGAUUUUGUAGCAUUCGAUAGCAAAAUCCCUCAUUUUGCACACCCCUCUUCAAUUGGAAAUGGACUCAGCUUUGUUACCAAGAUCUUAUCAUCGAAGUUGAGUGGGAAAGCGACGAAGACACAGACCCUAGUUAACCACUUGCUAGCACUGAAUUAUCGAGGAGAAAGUUUAUUGAUAAAUGAAAAGCUGGGUUCUGCAACAAGUCUUCAGCUGGCAUUAGUAGGGGCUGAUACAUUCCUCUCAUCACUUCCUAUGGACACUCCAUAUGAAAGUUUUGAGCCACAGUUCAAAGAGAAGGGCUUUGAGAGAGGUUGGGGAGAUACCGCAGGAAGAGUGAGGGAGACGAUGAGAAUCCUAGCAGAAGCACUACAAGCACCAGACCCGGUGAACCUGGAGAAGUUUUUUAGCCGUAUUCCCACUAUUUUCAAUAUAGCUAUAUUCUCUAUUCAUGGUUAUUUUGGGCAAGAAGAUGUUCUUGGCUUGCCAGACACAGGAGGCCAGGUAGUAUACAUAUUGGAUCAAGUUAGGGCUUUGGAAGACGAAAUGCUCCUCCGAAUUAGGCAACAAGGGUUAAACAUGAAGCCUCAGAUUAUUGUGGUUACAAGGCUCAUACCUGAUUCACGGGGAACCAAGUGCAAUCUGGAGUUAGAGCCUAUCAAUGAUACCAAGCACUCCUUCAUUGUACGUGUGCCUUUUCAGACAGACAGAGGGAUCCUGCGUCAGUGGGUUUCUCGCUUUGACAUUUAUCCCUAUCUUGAGAGGUUUACUCAGGAUGCUACAUCCAAAAUCAUGGAAUUUAUGGAAGGGCCACCGGAUCUUGUUCUUGGAAACUACACAGAUGGGAAUUUGGCAGCAUCUCUGAUGGCCAAUAAACAUAAUAUAACUCUGGGAACAAUAGCACAUGCUUUAGAGAAGACUAAGUAUGAAGAUUCAGAUGUCAAGUGGAGGGAGUUUGAUGCAAAGUACCAUUUCUCAUGCCAAUUCAUGGCUGAUACAGUUGCCAUGAAUGCAGCAGAUUUUAUCAUAACCAGCACAUACCAAGAAAUUGCAGGAAGCCAAUCUAGACGUGGACAGUACGAAAGUCAUAUUGCAUUUACACUCCCAGGAUUGUGCAGGGUUGUUGGAGGGAUAAAUCUAUAUGAUCCCAAGUUCAACAUAGCUGCACCUGGGGCUGACCAGUCUGUCUAUUUCCCUCACACACACAGAGACAGAAGACUCACUCAAUUUCACCCAGCCAUUGAAAACUUGUUGUAUGGUAAAUCAGAAACCAGUGAGCAUAUUGGGUAUCUAGUAGACAGGAGAAAACCCAUCCUCUUUUCAAUGGCAAGGCUGGAUGCGGUAAAGAACUUAACUGGGCUAGUUGAGUGGUAUGGAAGGAGCAGGAGACUGAGAAACUUAGCGAACCUUGUCAUAGUUGGAGGCUUCUUUGACCCUUUGAAAUCCAAAGAUAGAGAAGAAAGGCAAGAAAUAACCAAGAUGCUGAGUUUGAUAGAGAAAUACCAAGUAAGAGGCCAAUUCAGAUGGAUUGCUGCACAGACCGAUAGGUAUCGCAAUGGAGAGCUCUAUCGCUGCAUUGCUGACACAAAGGGAGCUUUCGUUCAACCUGCAUUAUAUGAAGCAUUCGGUCUUACGGUCAUUGAAGCAAUGAACUGCGGAUUACCCACCUUUGCUACUAAUCAAGGAGGUCCAGCAGAAAUCAUCGUCGACGGGGUUUCUGGGUUUCUCAUCGAUCCCCUCAAUGGGAACGAAUCAAGCAACAAAAUUGCUGAUUUUUUUGAAAAAUGCAGAGUAGAUCCAACACAAUGGAGCAGGAUUUCUGAGUAUGGAUUACAGCGGAUCAAUGAAUGUUAUACUUGGAAAAUCUAUGCAAACAAGUUGCUGAAUAUGGGAAGCAUUUACACCCUGUGGAGGCAAAUGCACAAGGAGGACAAAAUGGCGAAGCAGAGAUACAUCAACACAUUCUAUAAUCUUAUAUUCAAAAAACUGGCCACGUCGGUGCCUAUUGCAAGUGAUGAACCUCCACAGCCAACGUACAGGCAGGCCGUCACCCAACGACCAAGACGUUCCCAGUCCAAAUUUGAAAGGUUCUUUCGGUUUUAAUGGUCUGAGCAACACAAUCUGCAGCAUCACAGAAGAGAUUGAAGAAAGCCUUGUCACGCUAUAUAUUUGUGUUGGGCCAGAUUUAUAUGCCCUUUUACAUAUUUUUUUAAUAAAAAAUUAUGAGCUUUGUAUGUGUUGUGUUGCAAGAUAGCAACUACUUUAAGUUAUGAAUAAAAUGUGAUUUGUU